ACUGUCUGUCUCCUCACACACACGCAUCGCAGCUCAGAGUGACACACGCUCGGACGUGACGCCAGCUGAGUUAGCCAAGCACUCCUGAUGACAUGUAGUUAUAUAUGUGUUUAUCUCAAGUCCGGCAGAGCUGUGCGUCUUCUAUUCCAGCCAACUCUUUUUUUAUUUUUUAUAUAUAUACAUUUUUUUUUUUCUUCUUUUAAAUACAUGAACAAACGAGCAGGCAGAGAAGGUGUUACACAUCUGGACCAUACCAACGCAGCCGGUCGUGCUACUCGGGCCACUACAGAUAUGAGGAUUCCUCAUACCUCUGCGCAUAAAUGAUGCAAACACUACGGGACUGCCAGGCUUGAUGCAAGGCUGAAAAAGGAAAAAAAGAUGAGGAUACCAUCACCAGACUCUGUGCGUGGAUAUAGGCAUGGGGACACUGGAGCGUGGUUUGCUUUCUCCAUGGCUUUGCAUGAACCCAGAUGCCUCCCCUCCCUCUUGAUGAGCGCAUAGUGGUCAUUCAGCGCCCUAAAAACGUAGCCCUGUGUGAGGCUUCCCCACAAACCAUCCAGCAGCACUCCUCUCAAAUAUCAGCCUCUGCCAAUGGACACCCUCCUCAUUUCCACCCUUCGCAGUCCCAUUUCUAUCCACCCUCCUGUAAAUCUCUGACUCUGGAAUGCAAGCGCAGAUCCUCUCGUGUGCAGAAAUUCAAGAGCGACCAGCCUGUCAUCCCAGCAGGUGUCAGACACAUUCCUAGCCACUGCCAUAGCAAUGGCACAGUAACUCUCGGCCCACGGCUGCCCUCCCACACACAUACUAUUGAUAUCCGGGUGACGGUGGACAAAGGAGGACGGGGAAGAGGAAUCAGCAACUCGUUAGGGCGCAGUGGAAGUGUAAAGGGUGGCAGAGGGAAAUGCGCCUCUUCACAGUUGGAUCAAGGACAAUGUGAGAGAAGAAGUGGAACUGCAGGGAGGCCAAGUGGUGCUGAACACAAGUCACAGCGAAGUCGCCAUAUUCAGCUGUCAUCUUCCCCCAAAGGUGGCCUACAAUUUGUCCCAGCUCAGGCGCAGCAGCAUAAGUUCAGGAGUGAAAAGGAAAACACUAGUUUUCUUAACAGAGGCGACCAGGAAUUUCCCUCUAUAGGUCGCAAUAAGAAUUCCAAACUGGGAACUGUCCAUCAAAGCCAAAAUAGUCACAGUUUGCCCUACCACCAAAACUCCGUCCCUGUGCCCCAUGCCUCCAUACUAAACUCCCACUAUCCGUCAUCCCCUCCUUCCCAGCCCACCCAUGUCCCGGUCUCAUUUCAGCAACUCAGCCAGCCGCAUCCGUCCCGCACCAGGGAUCUCCACCCUCACAUUCUUCAUGGUCUACCCCUCUCCCCCGGCUCCUCCCAUGCUGGAGGGUUUCCCAGCCCUGAUCAUACCUGCACCAUCGACUGCACCCACCCAUUCAGUUGUGGCUGCUGGAGGUUGGUAAGAUGCAGAGGGUGUAAGGGGCACCCUGCUAGCUGCCAAGGAGGUGGAGGAAGCUCUUCCGCCUCGUUUUCCCGUGUUCAUAAUGUCGGAGCAGUGAAGAGAGGAGGCAAGGAAAUGGGCCUAAGAAAUCUGGGUGGGUGUCUCUCCACCGCCUCCACCUCCAACACCUCAUCUUCUAACAGCACUGUGUCUGACUGCCGAGCAACCCUGUUCAAACCUCUCCGCUGUGCCUCCUGCUCUGGCGAGGCCGGAAACUUUGAGAGUCCUGCUAUCCUUCGUAAAAAACUGGUGGGGGGAUGCCUGCCCUGUACCCCGCUGUCAUCCUCGGCCCCUCUCCGGGCGAUACAGAGCUGCGUCACAGGCUGCAUCCCCAAAUCCGCUCAGACAGGCAGCUCCACCUGCAGCUACUGCAGCAGCGACCCCAUAGUGGUGACAUUUAACCCUCGCAGAGACAAACCCCCUGGAAGAGGCAUCGGAGCAGCUCAUUCGAUGGGUAUGUUCCAAGCCGAUGAUGAUGACUACAGCGUGCGUACUAUCUGGCCUGAAGAACUGGCCAAGAAGAUGACCCAUUCGAAAGCCCAAAAGAAUCACUGUGCCGGGAUGGGAAUAGGAGUCGGGAAGACCUGUGCAACCCCGGCCCAAAAUGGCAGUAACGGAACAGGCCUUGCCCUCCUGGACUGUCAAAACCUCCAGGAAUAUGCACAGUCUCAGCUAACGGACCGUGCUGGCCGACGCCGGCUUCAGCAGGGAAAAAUGGCUGCCCUUGAUUUUAUGGGCCGCAGGUCAGGAUCCGGGUACGACGAUGGCCGGAGCUCGCUGAAGAGGCUCUUGAAUAAAGCCGAAGAUGUAGGAAUUGAGCAAGACGGAGAUGCAGCAUAUCCACGCUCGCCCUCUCCCAGCUCUGCCUCUCCACCGUCACCUGUGUCCUUUUCGCCUCCACCGUCCGCCCCUAGCACACUCAUCAAACCCAAACCUUGGCAGAGAGACAGGGAGGGAGGACAUUCCCUGCCGUCGGCUCAGUCCCUUCACCUGGCACUCAACUCCCUUAACAGAGAGCAAGAUGAGGAGAACAGCAGAAUGCACCUUUCUCUGCCGCUCUCGUCUUCUUUGCCAGCUUCUCUGUCCGAUGAGACCGCGAUGACUCCCGAUGCGGAGAACGCCGUGAUCAGUCCCAUCCUGCCCUUCCUGUUUCUGGGGAACGAGAGAGACGCCCAGGACCUGGACCUGCUGCUGCGCCUCAACAUCGGCUACGUGGUUAACGUGACCACACACCUGCCCCUCUACCACGUCAACUCUGGACUGCGCUACAAAAGGCUGCCAGCCACUGAUAACAGCAAGCAAAACCUUCGACAAUACUUUGAGGAGGUUUUUGAGUUCAUUGAGGAGGCAUAUCAAAGUGGACAGGGAGUGUUGGUACACUGCCAGGCAGGCGUGUCCCGUUCUGCAACCAUUGUCAUCGCGUACCUUAUGAAGCACACCCUCAUGACAAUGACGGAUGCCUACAAAUAUGUGCGGAGCCGUCGUCCAGUAGUGUCCCCGAAUCUAAACUUCAUGGGCCAGCUUUUGGAGUUUGAGAGGGACCUCAACUCCGGGGUGACCCCUCGUAUCCUGAUGCCUAAACUGAGCGGCGUGGAGACGCAGGUGUGAGGAAGGUCAGGGGUCAGGAGCGUGUAGGGUUACUGCAAAUAAAGAAGAGAUUAUAGUGGCAUUCAUGAGCGACACAGAAAGAGUGCAGCACAUUGUAGAAGAGAGACAUGAUGAGAGAUAUUACAAUUGGAAAAUGGAUGGUGGUGUGUUUGGCAAUUAGUGCACUUCUAAUACUGUGAAACAUGAGACAAAAGACCGGAUGCUUCAUUUGUUUAAGUAGUAACUCUUAGACAACAUGAUUAUCAUCCAGCAUACUGUUUAUAAGAUAAUGUGCCAAUAUUUUGUAUAGACGUAACAUCGCUCUCAGAUAUCUCAUUUCUUUUUUUUGAUGCCUCUUCCCUUUUUGUUCCCAGUGUUUACAUUCACACAGAAAUACAAUUACUUUGUUGCCAUUAAUCAUUAAUGCAUGCAGAACGGGUUCACAAACAUUGAAAAGGUUUACUGGCCCUACUUCCUCUACAACACCACUCUGAUGUUUCCACCACAUGUAGCAACACACAGGCUAUUACAAUGCACUUUACUGUCCAUGCUUUUGUUUCUUAUCACUAACUGAACUAGGUUACAAGGUUGAGAAGUAUUUCUUUACACAGACCUCAGUCACUGUAUAUGGUUAAUAUUAUCAUGUAUAUAUGGGUUUUUCCUAUUUGUAAAAUGUGCAAUAGAGUAACACGGACCGAGCAGGGACGUGAGUAGCAUUAACCUGGAAAACCUAUCGCAAAAGGGACAAACACCUCAUGGAAAUGUGUAAGAAUGGAUUUAUUUCUGUGAAGCGGCCUGUAUAUUAGCAAAUAAAAAGUAUUGCUAAACUGAAAUAAUGCUGUGCACUCACAGGGUUGGAGUGACAAUAUAACACAGUGUUAAUGUGUGUAAAUAAAAACUACACUUCGUUAUGCAGGUUAAUACACUGAAAUAAGCUCAUUGUAACACAUUUACUGCAGAGCUGAAACCACAUCUCAACAGUGCUUUCAGAGAUUUCUUUAUGCACAUUUAUGAUUUACAGUAUAUCUGACCGAAAGUGUGGGUUGGCAAGUGUUGUCCUGCUGUAAUGAUGUGCUUUAAAACAACAGACCUUCUCCAACUGUGCACUAUUUAUUUUGUGGUGAAUUCAUAAGAGAAAUGCAUUAUUUGAAUUUUUUUAUUAUGGCGGAAAAAAAAUCUUGUUUGGUGUUUAGCAUGAAACAGAUAUUUCUCUAAAUAUGAAAAGCACAUGGCAGGGACAUUUAUUGGAGACAACGCAGUAAAAGUAAAGAGGCAACAUUAACCUGUCUGGUCGGGAACAUAGAGCCAAAUGUGUUGUGGUGAAAAAAAUAUUUUGUAACCCUUGAUUUCUGAUUUUUGAUUUAACAUCCUGCGGCAGUGUUAUUUCCCACAGUACCAGAAAGGGACUGACAACCAAGAACAAAAUUGAAAAAUGGUUUCGCAUUUCGCAGCGUACACUAUCUUACCUAAGUCAUGAACACUCUUAAAGCAAAAUCUACUUUAUAUUUAGUUAUUUUAAUAUAUUCAAGAAGGAGUAAAAAUAACAUCACUGUUUUUAGAGAUGAUGAUGAUGAUGUCUGGUAGCUGAUUGGUUGAUGUCUGUUACUCCCUAACUGUUCCUUUACCUUAUUGUCUUUACUGAACUUUACUGUGUCCCUCAUGACUAUGCAUGACUUUUAUUAUGAAGGCGUUGGUUUGGUUAGAGAAGGAUGAUUCACUGUGAACUCUUCCACUGUAUUGUUAAGGUCGAGGCCUGAGUCCUAUUCAAUACACAUUCAAUUACCGUUAUAGGUACUGUACAGACAAUCUGCACAGUCAGUCUUCUGGUUUUAGGUUAAAACAUCAAUAAAUCAAUAUACAUCAAUAAACAUGGGAAAAUACUAUAAAAGAGAAGUAUCUUCUUAAUAUAAAACACUUAAAACAACAUCAAUUAACGUGUGCAAAGUCAGUGCAGAUCGAGACUUAAAUGUGGGGCUGUAAAAGGCGUGAAACAAUACGAUACAAACUGCAGUCUAUCCAGCUUUCCGAAGCAUCAUAGCUUCAUGUUAAAACCCCAUAUUAUAUCAGUUAAUUUACUGUAUGGGAAGAAUCAGUGAUUAGUGGAGAAGUGAUGUUUUUCUAAACUGGUAGGUAAGGAUGACAAAUAUUUUGCACAUUUUCUAAACUGAUGCCAUACAUAUUUUUUUGAUAACAUGCUGUUAAUAUAUACAAUAAUUUGUGACUUAAGCAUUUGCAAAAUAAAUUAUAAUUUCAAUUGUUAAACAGUGUAAAAUAUGACAUACUUGUAAAGAAAGAUUCAGGUGUAGGAAGAGAGGACUUUUGCUCCUAUUAUUUUAAUUUAUUUUUUUAUCUGAGACCGAGGACAGGGACACCCAGGCACUCUGAUAGUCCAGAGAUACGCACACUACUGAUUAAAGCUCACUUGACAAGUGGGAAGGUACAGUUUCUGUAUCCAUAAAAAUCCAAACAAAUCAAAAUCCGAUUAAACGUAACUGCAUAUAAACUUUUAAACCUGAGGUAAGAGUUCACAAGCUUUGUUAGUAUUUGUUUUUAUUCUUGUAAUAUUUCAUCUAAAUUCCAGUGGCACCUUUUCCAGCUUUUAACAAAAUGCCCUCCUCCAUGUUUUUAAGACCAAAAAUGCCUUCAGUUUAGCCUUUAGUGUAAUCUGGUCGUCCCGUGUUGUCAUUAUAAAUAUGACUUUGUAAAAUGAUCCUGAAUUUUGCUUGUUGGAAUUAUUUUCUGUCUAAAAGACUUUGAUAUAGGCUAUAUAUUGUUCUACAGACAAACUUCUUCAUCAUGUAAGGUAUACACAUUUACUGUAACUGUGUAUUUACAGCUUAUUUUUUUCAUGAAUCUUUGUUUUGUAAGAAAGGCUGUUUGGACUCUGCAAUGACAAUAAGGAUCUUGAGCCGUGCUUUGCGUUGCAGUAUUACAGUGUCACUGUUAUCAGACCUCAGUAAACGCAGGUCAACAUACCGCA